AUGAGGGGCCUCCCUUGUGCUCAGCAUCGUAGAGAGGAACCCGCCUUCGGGGCCGGCGGGGCUGACGGAGAACCCCAGCUGGAUAUCCGCAGCGGUGGAAGGAAGGAGCACCCGAGCACCGUUGUCACACAUCACUUUGCAGCCGGUCCCCCGUGUAACGUGUCCUUCACGUGUCAGAGCUGUGCGGCCGGCGGCCAGGCUUGGCCCAGCGUGACUGUCCAGUAUCGGAUGCAGCCCGUCUCUGUCUACACAAACGGAACCGUGUUUGCCACUGAUGUCGACAUCACUUUCCUGGCUGUCACAGAGGAAACGACCCCCUUGGAGUUCGUGUGGUCCUUUGGAGAAGGUCCAGCCCUGAGGACAACAUCCAGGAGCAUUAAGAGAAGACUCAGCAUCCCCCAGUGGGGUCACAGUGCUGACCCCGCUGCUCUGCCAGUGACUGACACGAUGACAGGGGUGGGCCCGGCGUCCCUGCCACCUGUUCCGGGCCGCUCCCUACCUCUGACCUCUCUGACCCGCUCUUGUCACCCCCCUGGCCCUGUCCGUGGUUCCCACUGCAGGUACAGCGUGACGGUGCAGGCGGCCAGCGGGCUGGGCAGGGUGGCCUCGGAGCCCCGCCGCGUCAGGACGCAGAGGAGAAUCGUCGCCAACCGGCUGGUAUCUCCCCCCUCAGCUCUGCUGAAUGCCAGCGUCACCUUCACGUGCAGACUCAACUUUGGCACCAACGUGGCUUUCCUGUGGGACUUUGGGGACGGCACCGUGGGCCCGGGGGGCAGCUCUGCCCAUCACACCUACCAAAGGGAAGGACAGUUCACCGUCCAGGUCCGAGCCUUCAACGACGUCAGUGCUGUCUCCCUGGCAAAGCAGCUGUUUGUCGUGCGGGAGCCGUGCCAGCCGCCCCCCGUGAAGAACAUGGGGCCGGGGAAGGUGCAGGUGUGGAGGUCUCAGCCUGUGACUCUGGGCGUCACGUUCGAGUCUGCGAUCCUCUGUGACAUCUCCCAAGGCCUCUCCUACACCUGGACCAUCCGGACCUCCGAGGGGUGGCCAGUGCCCCUGCCCCCUGGCGUCAGCACACGCAGGCAGACCAUCACUGUCCCCGGCUACUUCCUGGAGCUUGGGAACUACACCGCUCUCGCCAGGGUUCAGGUGGAUGGCAGCGUCGUGCACAGCAACUACAGCGUCGGGGUGGAGGUGCGGGCCAGGGCCCCCGUUAGUGUCAUCUCCGAGGGCACGCACCUGUUCAUCUCCAGGGCCCCCUCAGUCACCGUCGUCCUCAGCGGCUCCCAGUCCUACGACCCAGACAACCCUGGGGCCACCCUCAGGUACCACUGGACGUGCACCGCGGCCGGCGCCCCUGGGGAGCCCUGCUUCACCACCUCCUCUCCGCACAGCCUGCGUGCUGGGGCCCCCUCCCUUUCUUUUCCUGCCAGCUCUCUCAGCAACAGCUAUGACCAGUUUCUCGUGACGCUGACCGUGUCCAGUGCUGGCCGGAACUCUUCAGAGGCGCAGGUGUUCCUGUCCCCGCGCCCCGACGCGGCACUCAGGUUUGUCCGCAUCUCCCGGGGCAGCUUCAAGGACGCGCUUGUCAACUGGAACGAAGAGCUUUCCCUGCGCGCCGAGUGCGACGCGUGUGCCGCGGGGCCCCGCCUGUCUUACUCCUGGGACCUGUUCCUGGUCAACGCCACGGAAGGGACCCGAACGGACGGUCCCUUUUGCAGGGCGGUGGGGCUGCUGGGCGCUGCCGGCCUGGGGGCCGAUUCCACGCUGCCGCCGUCCAGUGCACCGUCCACGGCGCCGAGCUGCCCGGAGCCCUGUGGGACGGGUGCGGCGUCCUCACGGAAGCAGUCACCACAGCCCCGGGUGCAGCCGGGACCAUCAACCCCGGGGACACCAUCCUCGGGGCCCGUCAGCACGUACCCACUUCCUGCUGCGAGCGACGCCGCGUUCCCUGGACUGGCUCGCCGGGACGCGGGGUCCCCUGGGACUUGGUCGCCCCGGAGCCCGUCGCCGUCCCCCUCUGACUUCGAAGCCGACUACGGGGACAUCCAGGAGGCGGUGCCGCCCACAGGGAGACAGCCGGCCCACUGGUCUGGCGCCAGCCUCCCGGGAGCAGACCCGAGUUUGAGUCCUGGUGGGGGCCAGGGGGAUGGGGACAACCUGCUGGGCCCCCUGCGCCCCGCGGCGGGGCCGGCCCUCAUGGUGGACUGGCCCAAGGCCCCAGUGGGCCGCGCCCUCUUCCGCAGCUACACGGCCUCUGGCAUCACGGGACACGCAGUGACAAUAAAGCCGUUCUCGCUGAGCCCCGGGGAGACAUACGUCGUGCAAGCCUCCGUGGCCUCCAUGCGCGGCCUGCUGGGGAGGGCGCAGCUGUACGUGACCCUGCAUCCAGCCCCGCGGGACGUGGCCUGCCAGGUGCAGCCGCACCGUGGCCUCGAGGCUCACACCGUCUUCAGCGUCUUCUGCAUGGCGGUGAGACCGGACUUUCGUUACAAAUUUAGUUACCGGAUAGGAAAUGCCUCCGAACACACUUUGUACCAUGGGAGAGACACCCAGUAUUACUUCGUGCUGCCGGCAGGCGAGCCCUCGGACAAUUACAAAGUCAUGGUGUCCAUGGAGAUCACGGACGGCGUGGGCUCCCGGACGCUCCCAUGCGCGGUGGCGGUGACCGUGCUGCCCCAUUUCCACGGGAGCCUCUGCCUGGACGAGGACACAUAUAACUCCAGCCUGAAGCACCUGUCCACCCUUCAGCUGAUGGGCAGUUACACCGAGAUCAGGAACUAUAUCACCACGAUUACCAGGGUCCUGAGUCGCUGGGCCGCGGAGGACCGAAGUCCCUCGUGUGGCCAGUGGUCGCGGAUACAGGAUGCGCUGAUUUCUUCCACGUGCGGACUGCCUGUGGCAGAUCAGGAAGACAUGACCCACUCUGUCCUCAUGCUGAGGGGCCUCCUACGCUUCCCUCGUAAGCUGAGCUUCAGGAGCGCGGCUCUCAUCCUGAAGUCUGUCCGGGCACCCCUCGCUCAGAGCCCGCUGUCGGGGAGGCUGGCGGUGGACAAGGGGCUGAUGCUUGAGCUCAUCCUACUCGUAUCCGAAGUCUGGGAGGCCUCGGACUGGGAGAAACCCAGGAAUUUGGGCUUCCUGCAAGAAGAGGGGACCAAGAUCAUCUCGGAUCUCUUGUUGGACGGCCUCUCUGCAAGCAUAGAGCACCAGCUCCACGUCAGCGCUGGGCAGAUGGAGUUCUGCACGCGUCUUCACCACGACCUGCAGAGCUCCGUGCAGAGCCUGGGCUCUGUCCAGGUGCACCUGCCUGCAGACCUGGCCGCGCAGAGUCCUGUGGGGGCCGUGCAGGGCCCGUGCUACAUUAGCCAGCUCAUGCUCUUCAAGAAGAACCUGUAUCCGUGGGGACGAGGUCCUGGGCAGAUUGGCCAGGUGGUCUCUGCAUCCCUGUUCGGCUGCUCCAGCAGGAGGCCCGUCGGCGGCUGGCGGCUGAGGGCACCCGUGGCUGUGGAGUUCGGGGAGGAAGGCGGCCUGGACAACGGAAGAACCAGGACGGCGUUUGUGCUGCUUCGGGACAGAGUGAACGUUCAUGAGUUCACGGGCGCUGCGACCCCCCGGGAGUCCCUGCACAUAAGGAUUGAGUUUUUUAGGCCCCCGUCAGGAGCUUUCCCGGUCAUGGUGCUGGUGAGGUUCUACGAGAAACCCACUCCUUCUGCUUUUCUUGUGAAAAAGGUCUACGUCUGGGAUGAGCAGCCCGUGCACCUGCAUAUACCUGCUGGGCUUCUGAGAGACCUCAGCUUGGGCUAUUUAUCCUUAUUGGAUGCUGACUAUGACAGAAGCCCUCGGAACAGAUACUCGGCCAAGGCCGUGAACUACACUGUGCACUUCCACUGGCUGCAGUGCGUCGUCUGGGAAGCCGGAGAGUGGAGGCCGGCGAGCUCCUCCCCACAGCCAGGAGCGUCUCCAGGAAAAGUGAACUGCAGCCAUGACCGCCUGGUGCCCGUGUCCGUCUCGAGAAGAAGCCCAAACGCCACUUUCUCAGCGAGUGACAUUUCCGAGCUGCAGAGACACCCGGAGAACCUGCUCCCCGGUGUUUUGAUCGUAGUUUUUACAAUUCUUUAUGCGCUUCUGGUUACUAAAAGCAGACGGGUAGAUUGUCAUGAGAGAAAGAAAGCCGGUUACGUUUUUCUGCACGAAGAUGCUCCACCCGGCCACCAGCUGUACGCGGUUGUCGUGGACACAGGCUUCCGCUCUCCCACCCGCUGUAGCGCCAAGGUUUACAUCGUCUUAUGUGGGGAGCACGGGCUUUCAGGACCCCGGGAGCUCUACUGUCCGGAGCAGCCUCUGUUUGAAAGGAAUUCCAGGCACACCUUUGUCCUGAGCGUCCCCACUCUGCUGGGCCCGCUGCGGAGGAUCUGCCUCUGGCACGACAGCCAUGGGCCCGCCCCGGCCUGGUACGUGAGCCACGUCAUGGUGAAGGAGCUGGCGGCCGGGCCCGGGCACAGCUGGCUCUUCCCCGCCGAGUGCUGGCUGGCGGCGAGCGGGCGGGACGGCCACACGGCGUGGGAGCUGGGCAGCCUGAGCCGGGGCCUCGGCUUCUGGAAGCUCUUGUACUGCAAGUUCACGGAGUAUCUGGAGGAUUUCCACGUGUGGACCUCCGUGUACAGCCGGCCCUCCCCCAGCGGCUUCCUGCCCACGGCGCGCCUCACCGUGGCCUUUGCCCUGCUGUGCGCCUACGCGUGUCUCGCUGCCCUGGUCACGGCGGCAGGACAGGAGCAGCUGGCGUGGGCCCUCAGCGCCCCCGAUGCUGCGGCCGCCGGGUCCCUGUGGACGGGCCUCCUGGGCACCCUGCUGGCUUCUCCCGGGGCACAGCUCUUGUCGCUGCUCUUCAGGCUCAGCCAGGACGCCGGUGGACCUUCCCGCGUGAAUGCCUGCCGGUCCCGCUCCCCGCUCGUGGGGGCAGCUCCGGGCCCCAACCCCCGUGGAGGAACGGCAGAGGCAGGGAAGAGGCGCGAGGGCAACCUUGUCUCCGGGAGCAGCGGGGCCUGCAGGAGGGCGGCCGGGGGUGACGGUGCAGGGUGUCCGCCCCCUGAGCGGGAGGACCUGGGAGCUGACGCCGCCCAGCGCGCUCGGAGGGAGAAGGGGACCCGCGGGGCUCAAGGACCCGUUCACGUCCACGCCCAUGGCCCGCCCGCGUGGCUGGAGGUGAUGCCUCUUCCCUGCUCUCCUGCAGCGGCCAGCAGCGGGUUUGGAGGAGUCGCUGCGCUCUGCUGGCCCCAGGCCCUGCUGCCUUGGUCGGGCUCCGCGGCAUGGGUCCUCUGCGGGACGGUGUCCGUGGCCUGUGGCCUAGGGACAGCGUUUCUAGGAUACAGGUUCGACCCGACGCAGUGUGUGCGCUGGCUGUACCUGCUGGCCGCCUCUGUGCUGUGCUGUGUGCUGGUCACGCAGCCGCUGCUGGUGAGCCUCCUGGCCUUGGGCUUUGCCUGGAGGAGGAGACACGACCCGCACUUCUUCAUUGAGGCUCUGCACGCGGCCACCAAAGACCUGGGCCCUGAACUGGAAGCGCGUGCGAGGCCCCACCCGCCCCACCUUGCGAGCCAGAUGGAGGAGGUGUUGGCGGCCCGGCAGCGAGCGCGCCACCUGCGCCGGGCACGGCCACCGUCCGCUGCCCAGCUCAGCGUCAUCAGACAGAAGCUACGGCGACAGACCCGGACGCGGCAGGCGCUGAGAGACACGUGCAUGUUCACCCUCCUGCUGCUUCUGCAUUUGCUUAUCCUCUGCGGGACGGGCUCCCGGGAUGCGCAUUCCCUGCAUCACGCCAUCCGGACCGAGUUUACAAGGGGUGCCAGCAGCGCCUCGGGCGGCCUGGGAAGUGUGGCGGACUGGUGGGGCUGGACUCUGACCACGCUGCUGGACGGCCUGCACGGAGGCGGCGCCCCCCCGGCCGGCCCGCCGGGCGCUCAGCCCCGGGCCCUUGGCGGCAAGUGCUACCUGCUGGGCUCCCUGGUAAUCAGACAGCUGCGGCGGCCUUCGGGGAGCGCGGGCCAGCUGCCCAGCCGGGCCCUGGCGCUCCCCGAAGACCCUCCCCCCGAAGUUGGCGGCCCUGACGGCGCCCCCAUGACCGAGCCUGCGACCCCCGGGGAUUCCAGAGGCUGCGGGGCCAGGGAGCCUUGGGAGCUCAGCCUGGGCAGCACAAGGCCGGCAGCCCAUGCAGCGUUGAGCGGCCUCAGGGCCGGUGGGUGGAUCGACGGCGGCACCAGCUCCGUGUCCGUGCACUUCGUCCUCUACAACUGUCCCACGCGGCUGCUGUCCAGUGUGGCCCUGCACGCUGAGCUGCUCCCCGCGGGCGGCCUGGCCCUCACCCCGCUGGUGGAGUCGGUGGCGGCCUUCCACAGCGACUCGGGCCUGUGGCACCGCCUUGCGCUUCCCGAGCUGGCCUUCCUGGUGCUCAGCCUGACCCAGUCGUGCCUGCAGCUGCACCGCGCGGCCCAGGAGGGCGUCCGCAGCUACUGGGGCGAACCCGGGAGCUGGCUGGAGCUCGCCAUCGCUGGGGCCGGUCUCGCCCACUAUGCCGCCUCCUGCCACCUGGCCACCGUGGCGGGCGCAGUGACCGACCGCCUCCACAGAGGACACUUCCGAGGGUCCAUGGACCUCAGCCUCGCGGCGUCAUGGAACCAGAGGGUCACGUGGCUGCAGGGGACCCUCUCCUUCCUCCUGACCCUGAAGUGCGUCCACCUUGUCAGCGUCCAGGGCACCACGGCGUCCUGCUCCUCCCUGAUGCGGCACUCGCUCACCGGCGCCUUCCCGGCAGCGCUGGCAGGCGUCCUGGCGCUGGCCGCGCACAGCCACUUGCGUGCGGUGCCACCGGGCACCCUCACAGACUUCUCCCGAAGCCCGCGGUCCCGUCUUUCCAGGUCCGACCUGCAGGCCCCAGCCUGGUGCUGCGGGGCCCUCUUCAUGGUGAUGAGCACCGCGUGGUUGGGAAUGCUGAGAGGUUCCUUCACGACUCUUGCUCGAAAAAGGAAAUCUUUUCAAAGCCAAUCUGUUGUGAGACUGGCAGACGUGACUGCCUAUGUGUGGACAGAGGCCCUGGCCUGGCUGGGACUGGAAAGGCCACCGCAGGAAGAGGCCGAGAUGGUUGAGAGUCAUAAUUACUACCUGGAUGACGUUUCUGAUCUGCUGGAUGAACUUCUGUCAAAGAUUCAUGCUUUGUCUGACAGCCUACAGCUUCCUCUUCCAGAGCAGCAAUUCUGUGAUAUGCAAGAGGCCAGGGCAAAAGGUCAUUCCUCAGCGGGUAUUUCUGCCUAACAAGCCACUGGGGUGAGUCAGUGCAGCGACAUGUGGUGGGGCUGCCCCCCUCUGCUCUCCUCUCGCCCCCGCGUGGCGACCGCAGGGUGCCUCGGCUGCAUUGAUCCACCCACGGGGAGAGCCACACCCCAGCGGUGCUUCUCGCUGAGCAGAAGGACUUUGCCCCCAAAUUCUUAAUUCUUAAUUCUUCCUGAUGUGUGAGCCCCGUUGCCACCCCACCCCACCCCACCCCGGGGCACGCUGCUUUGCAGGGAUGGCCAGGCCACUGAAAUUUCAAUGCAAGUGAGAGAUGCCAGAGCAGUUUUUCCUGCAUAUUUUCCUGUGGAUUCACCUUUAUGAAUUUGGCUACGUAAGGCAGGAACAUCCAGAAGGUCAGAAACACCCUGGCCUCAGGCUAUAGCCUGCCCCAGCGGGUUUGGUCCUUUUUUACAAAGAAGUGUUAAUUCCUUAGCACUCGCCGGCCAGGAGGGACACUGGGCGUUUGGUGUGACCGCGGUGGAUCCACACUCACUUUCCACAUCGGGGUCCUCGUGACUGUGGACGUGGGUCUGCCGAGGAGGCUGGCACGCCGGCGCCCGUGGCCCCUGCUUUCAGGGAGGUUUGUGUGUGCGUCCUGCGAGUCAGUGACAGUUAGGACACAGGGAGCCAUCAAAAGGGUGGAUUUUCUUCCUACUUCUUCCCUUAACUUUGCCAGUUUGCGGGCGAUCUUAGGAGAUACUUAGAAGACCUGAUUUUCCUUAAUACGGACCACCUACAAAUGUCACAGAAACCUGUCCGGGAAGUUUGCUCAGCUCCCUCCUCCCACCCAGGACUUUUUGUGGUCAUAACUGGGUUCUGUAAACCCAGCUUUCUGGGCUCAUGAACACUCAAUACUUGAAUCCUUGAGAAGAAAACGGGUUAUGAAGGGUUAGCUUAAGGAAAUAUCCACUCAGCCUGAGCACCCGGAAAGUUUGGGCCCCCCAGAGGGGCAGGCAGGAUGGUGGGGGAGCACCUGCUGAGUGAGGGUCAGAGGCCAGUGGCGGGGGGUGGGGGGCUUGGGUAGUGACUUCACUCCUGAGCCUCGGUGUCCUCCCCGGUAAAGGAGGCUCUCCCGGUGCCUAAAUGUGUGGUGCUCCUCAGGGGCUUCACAUAUAAUCACUCAGCCUGGGUUUUCAUUCGUUCACCAAGAGAUGCGGCGGGCACAGCUCCAGGGGCUGCGGGUGGGGGUCCGCUGAUGUCUGUGUCAGCCGAGAAGACACGGUGUUCCUGAACUUGGAAAAUGCACAUCUCAGAACUGGGGGCAAAGUUCUGAGCAACGCUGGUGCCCCCUCGGAUCUGCAGGACGAGGCUGUGAGGGGCCACUCAGGAUGCAGAUGCUGGAUUACAGUGAGGUCUUGGGGUGCCCAGCUGGCGGGGUUGGUGGAGCACGUGACUUUUGAUCUCACGGCUGUGAGUUCAAGCCCCACAUUAGGUGUAGAGAUCACUUAAGGAUAAAAUCUUUUUAAGGGAGAGUAAAGAAUAAAAUUAGGGGGCGCCUGGGAGGCCCAGUUGGUGAAGCAUGUGCCUUCAGCUCAGGUCCUGAUCUUGGGGUCCUGGGAUUGAGCCCCGUGUGGGCUCUGUGCUCAGCGGGGCGUCUGCUUCUCUCUCUGUCCCCACCCCCACCCUCUCUGUCCCAAAUAAAUAAAAGUAUU